CCGCCGGCGGAGACCGGCUCCAGCCGGUAUAUAAGGGGCUGGGAGCGAGCGCAGAGCAGCCGCCGCCGCGGGCAGCGGGAGCAGCGAGCGGCCGCCGGGCAGCGGGGCACCUCGGCACCUCCUGUCGCCGCCCCGCCGAGGGUCUGCCGGCAUGGGCAGCUCGUAGCCCCGCUCCUCGCCCCGCCGCAGCACCCAGCGCCGCCCGAUCAAAAAUGACUGUCAAAGCUGUAAAAAUGCCGUGCACCACUCCAAAUGUUUAUACUAAAGUGCCUGACGGAGGAUGGGGCUGGGCAAUUGCUGUGGCUUUCUUCUUUGUGGAAGCUCUUACAUAUGGCGUUAUAAAAUCAUUUGGAGUUUUCUUCAACGACCUGAUGGAAAGCUUUGAUGAAACCAACAGCAGGAUAUCGUGGAUAAUAUCCAUCUGUGUGUUUGUGCAGACCUUCACAGCUCCUCUGUCGACGGUGCUCAGCAACCGCUUCGGUCACCGCUUCGUCGUGAUGGCUGGAGGGGUGCUGGUCAGCACGGGCAUGAUCACAGCCUCCUUUGCCCACAGUGUCGUUCACAUGUACAUCACCAUCGGCAUCAUUUCUGGCCUCGGGUACUGCCUCUCUUUCCUCCCGACUGUCACCAUUUUAUCACAGUAUUUUGACAAAAGACGUUCGCUGGUCACAGCAGUGGCAUCUACAGGGGAAUGUUUUGCUGUCUUCCUCUUUGCACCAGUAAACACUCAUCUGAAGGAGCAGAUUGGCUGGAGAUACAGCCUCCUUUUCGUUGGGGCACUGCAGCUGAGCAUUGUCAUCUGUGGAUCGCUGCUGCGACCCAUGAUAAUCAGAGAGCAAGAAGAAGAAGCAGUGAAGGCGCAGCCUCCAGAAGAGCCUGCAGAGACAAAGUACAUGCUUGAAAAUGAGCAAACACGCACCUCAAUAGAGUCCAUUGACUCAGGAGUAGAAAUAACUACCUCACCCAAAAAUGUGCCUGGAAACACCAAAGCAGAGCCGAAAAGUGACGAACCAAAGGACCAUGUACAGAUAAUUGUUGAAAAUAACAGCACCCCUACAGAACCAAAAACCAAACUACUGGACUUCUCUGUGAUGAGAGACUAUAGCUUUAUCUGUUAUGCAUUCUUUGGCCUGUUUGCUACCCUGGGAUUCUUCGCUCCCUCCCUGUAUGUCAUUCCCCUGAGCCGCAGCCUUGGCAUCAGCAAAGACCAUUCUGCAUACAUACUGUCUGCAAUGGCGAUUGCAGAGGUCUUGGGCAGAAUUUCAGCUGGCUGGGUGCUCAACAAAGAGCCUAUCCGCAAGAUCCACAUCGAACUCAUCUGUGUCGUCCUGCUGUCCGUAGCACUGUUUGCCUUCCCUUUUGCCUCUGAAUUCUGGGGGUUGAUGACAUGUAGCAUAUUUUUUGGGUUCAUGCUCGGAACAGUAGCGGGCACACACAUCCCACUGCUGGCAGAAGACGACGUGGUUGGCAUUGCAAGAAUGUCUUCUGCAGCUGGAGUCUAUGUCUUCAUUCAGAGCUUCUCUGGGUUGGCUGGGCCACCCCUUGCAGGUGUCAUAGUGGACAGAACACAAAACUACAGCUCAGCCUUCUACUCCUGUGCUGCUGGCACGGUCAUGGGUGCUGUGUUUCUGUCCUUGGUGAGACCGUGCAAGGUUGGGAUGUGCCACCAGCAGGCACCGGGCGCAGAGGGAAGCGUGGUGGAAGGCACACAGGACUCACCAGAGGACUUCAUAGACAUGGACAUUGGAAAGGCAGAUCAUUCAGGAAAAGGCUCUGACAGCGUGGCUUAAAAACCACUCCUCUACCAAGCAUCCUUGGUGUAAGACUACGGAAAAUGUCAACUCUGCUCCACAUUUUAAAACUGCAUUCUGAAAGGAAUGUGAAAUUUUAAAUGUGAACAGAACAGUUGCUAUCAACAACUUUUUUUUUUUUUAUUCUUAGAAAAAACUUUUUUUAAAACCAACUGAAAGCUCCAUAGAAAGCCACAAAAGAGCAGCUCCUGCCUAGCAUGAAGAUGUGAUGCACACUCCUGCUUUCCAGUACCACCUGUAGCUGAAGUCUUGACCGAUUCCAUGUGAAAAACUGAAGAGCAGAACCAGCCCAUGCAGCUCAAGCCAGCGGAGCAGUCUGACUGUCUCCAUCCCAUGCUGCAAGCCCUGUGCAGUCCAGAAACCAAUUACACUAACGAGAGAAGAGUAUUUCAUGCAAUACCAGUAGCCAACUGCAUUUUCUUGCGGAAGAAUAUGGACUGAUGUUUCAGAUUUGAGGAGGCCAGGCUGGAUAGCGGCUUAAAACAUUGCAAUUAUUCUUCUAAUUAACUUGAAUGUCACAAAUGCUGGGAAAUUGGAGGUUCCAUAUGUCUUUAUGGCCAGUUAUUACUGCACAUGUAUCACAAUAAGGUCAUUUUUCUUCUCCUGAUUGAUUUUUCUUAACUAUUUUCUAUUCGUUUUCUGUUUAUAAUUUAACUAUUUAUUAAUUUAUUCUGAUAGUUAAAGGACAUUAUUUUAAAUAACUGGAGAGGAAAAAUUAUCUUCUGCAUAGUGGGAAGCUGUCUUUACGUUAGUCUCUUCAAUACCUAUAUUGUAUUGCUCGCUUGUGAAAUCAUUAGGAAACUUAAUUUUACAGCGUAGUUGUUUUUAAUAGGUAGCUCUUAGGUAGCCCAAUUAUUUAAAAGAUGACGAUGGAUAAUAAUAAUAAACUACAGAUUCAGCAUCUCUUUCUGUAAGGCCUCAGCUGCUGGCAGCAGAUCUGGCUGCGCUGCCACGAUCAGAUCGCUGCGCAGGGAAGAUCCGGCCCAGCAUGUCUUCAACCAU